UGGAGUCGCUCCCUUCGUUUUGAUUUAAGACCUCUGAGAUCUUCACACCAUGUGAAAUGGCUGAACUUUACAAACUUUUUAAAACAAUUGAUGACACCAAUGAUGGUGUUAUAAGUUACAAAGAAAUUGCUAUCUUUAUUGAGGAGAUGUACACGAAAGAUAACUUCACUUACUCUGCUGAUGAUAUUUCCCAGGUCCAUGCCAAAUUCAAUGAUGUUCAUAGCGCAGAUACUGGAGACUACACAGACUUUGACACUUUUGUGUCAGCAUUCGAGAAAUGGUUUAUUGUGACUGGAGCAGUCAAAUUCUCAGACACCCGGAAUCAAAAAAAUGCAGAGACUGAUGAAACUUGGUUUACUGAAGAGCAAUGAUUAGGCUUCCAUGAAAUCAUUAAAGCUUUCUUCUAUGAUAAUAAUUUCCAGCAUUCUUUGACACUGAUAGAAAAAGGAAGAGAGAAUUACCACAACAUUGAAGACUCCAUCCUUGACAUGAACACAAAAGGUGAGUUUGAACAAGCAAACAUGAGCCAAAAGAGUGAUUCACUUGAGGAAAGCAAGGAGUUAUAUCUCUCAUUUAGUGAGGCUUUUAGUGAAAUUUCCUCUGAGUACACAACUUUGGAUAAGAUCCAAGCUGCUCUGGACCACAUCUUAAGUAUGUUUGAAGUUCUUGACAACAUUGUGAUUGAUUAUGAAUUAACAAUGGUUAAUCCCCAUAUCCAUGGUAUUUUUGGGUGCAUAAUAAACACAAAUUUGCUAGAAAAGUUUAUAAAAAUAUACAACUUGGGAGAAGGCAAAGAGGAAUCUCUUGCCAAAGUUAGCACCUUGAGAAUCCUCUGAUAUCUCUCCAAAGGGGUUGAAUUCUUCAACCCUGAAGAAGGGUCAUAUUCCCUACUCAAAGAUGAGGGAUUUUACAAUAUUUUAUGUCAGAAUUUAUCAAACGCAGAGCUUUUAAUCAAAAUUAGAGACUGAAUAUUCUCUGAAUGUGUUGAAGUCACAGAACAAGCAUGCAUUACACUCGGCUUCUUAGUAAAGAAUAACCUGGAACUCGGUUCUCUUCUCUACGAAUAUGAUAUAUUCAGCACUUUAAUAAGAUUACUAGAAAAUUCUCAGAUUCCUUCUGUCACAGAGAGAGCACUCUGGUGCUUGUUCAACAUCUGUAGAAAAUAUUUACCAAAUGCGGAGUUAAUUACAGUUGACAAAGAAGAAAAUUUCCUCUUCCAGAUGGCAUACAGAAUAGGAAACCUUCUUUAUGAACUAGAUCUAGAGCAAAGGUCUUCUUAUUGAUAUAUGAUACUUAUUUGCGGUUAUCUAUUCAGACAUAUUAUGCAAUACCAUAAAGAAACAAAGGAUUUAUGUGAAAGGAUCAUUGAGCUGAUGAAGGAAGAGGAUGUCUUCCUCAUCAAUUGCUGAAUUAUUAGUAUAACAAGAGCAAUAGACUCAGAGCCUGGAAUGCUUAAGUUCUUCAAUGAUAGCAGAGUCACAAAAAUAAUUCAAAAUUCACUGCUUACUCCUGAUAACGAGAGGCAAGUUCAAUAUAUUCUAAAUUAUCUUGAUGUUCUCGCGAAUGAUAGUGUAGUUACUUUAGACAACAAUUUGUUAAACUCUCUAUGAUAUGUCCAUCAAUCUCAAGCUAGGAGCUCAAAGCAGGUGAUAACUAUCUUAUGAAAUUUGAUUAAAAACUCUGGGUCCAAGAUAUUAUUCUCUCACAACAAGGACUUCAUAAAAUUUACAUUUGAGGCUUUGGAGAACUUCAAAGUAAUGAAUGAUCCAGUGAUCAAAUAAAUUUUAUCACCAAGAUGUGACUACCAUAGAUAUUGUAUACUUUCUGAACUGUCUGAAGCUUCUUACUACCAUGAUUUCAGAUUGCAGUCAAGAGACCUUAUUGUCCAAGCUCAGUGUUGAGAAGAUAUCCAAGCUCAACCCAGUAAUUGAUGUCUUCGAUAGCUGUUACUCCUUAUGGAACAAUAGCAAAAAUCAUAAUGACCUCGAAACCGACGCUAUUAUUGAAGAAUGAGCAAAAAUUUUACUCCAAGUCCUCAAGAAUAUCUCAGACAAACUCCCAAGCACUUCGAUCGGCCAGUUUGGGUUCAGCAACGGCUACCGAGAGCUGAAAGGUUUACUCCAAGAUUACUUGGAAAACUUGGAGAAUAUGAUCUUCAAGGUAGCCCCAAUCAACGAAGACCAUAAGUUCGAUAGGGAUGAAAUUUAUGUAAAGGUUUAUAAUCUAUACUCAGAUGAGACAUUCGAGUUCGAAAUGUCCUCUAAAGUAUACUUCGAAGAAUUUGAAGACCAUAUAAUUGAAAGAUACAGGUUUAGAUUCCCUGUUAUACAAUAUGAGGAUGAACAAGGAGAUAAAAUGUCAAUAGAUUCACAGUACUCCUUUGAACAUGCUCUUAAGACUUCUGAUAAGAGAAGUAGAUACCAGAGACUUGAACAAGUUGUCCUUGAAGUGUUUGUUAAUGAAAAAGAUGGAUAUGUGUUUGAUUGAAGAGGUUGCAGAAAUAAAAUCCUCUCAAAAUCUCAGUACUCUGCCCCAGAUUAUUGUGAUGCGUGUGAAGAUCAUUAUAAGCGCAACAAGAGAUCAACAACACCCGUAAUGGGAAGAUCGAAUCACGAUGGAUAUAGGACUCCAGCUGCUAGCAACUCCACCAGGUACCAGAGCUCUUUCUACACAGGUACCCCUAACAGGAGAUCAUUUACUCCAAUGAGAUCAACAAUGCGCUAAUUUAUGUAAUUUCAACAGCAGAAA